AUGCCUUCGCCCGACCAUGGCUGGCUGAGCGGCGUGGACCCGCUCACUUUUGAUCCUAGCAACUCCAUCGAUACCACCAACGGAUUCGCCCUCUUCCUCACCCAGGUCACCAUCAUCAUCGCCCUCUGCCAGAUCCUCGGCAAGAUCUUCCAGCGCAUCGGCCAGCCCGCCGUCGUCGGAGAGCUUCUGGCCGGCAUUCUCCUCGGCCCCACCGCUUUCGGCAACAUCCCCGGCUUCACAAGCACCAUUAUACCCCCAAGCGCCCUCGGCCUCCUCAAGCUUCUCGCGGGAAUCGGCCUCUCGCUCUUUCUCUUCCUCGUCGGGCUAGAGACCGACACCGACCUCAUGGCAAAGUACUGGAAAAAGGUCGCCAUCAUCACCCUCCCGGGCAUGGCCAUCCCCUUUGCCGUGUCGGUCGGCAUCGCCCGCCUCAUCUGGCAGCUAGAGACCGACCAGACGGUCCAGUUCACCACCUUUUUCCUCUUUGUCGGCACCGUCAUGGCCGUCACGUCGCUCAGCGUCCUCUCGCGCAUCAUGGCCGAGAUGGGCAUCCUCAGCACCACGCUCGGAUCCAUCACCAUCGCCGCCGGCGUCUGCAACGACCUCAUCGGCUACAUCCUCCUCGCCCUCGGCAGCGCACUCGGUACCGGUGGAAAGCAGAUCAAUGCCCUCUACGAGCUCCUCACCGCAGCCGGCUACAUCGCCGCGCUCUGGUUCGGUUUCCGCCCCCUCAUGAUGCACCUCAUCGGCCGCAGCGGUUUCAACAUGGCCGUCGGCGCAGGCGAUCGCGUGCCCGAGCACCUCCUCGUCAUCGCCCUCGUCGGCGCUCUGGUCAGCGCCUUCUUCACCGACUCGAUCGGCGUCCACCCCAUCGUCGGCGCCUUCGCCUUCGGCGUCUGCUGCCCGCACGGCAACUUUGCCGUCAAGGUGACCGAGAGCAUUGAAACGCUCGUCAUCAUGGUCCUACUGCCCCUCUACUUUGUCACCAGCGGCCUCAGCACCGACUUCAAGCUGCUCGACAGCGGCAAGACGUGGGGGCUCAUCUUUCUGCUCGUCGUCGGCAUCUUUGUGAGCAAGUUUGGCGCCACUGCCCUCUCGGCCCGCUUCGCCGGCAUGCCGUGGCGCCAGGCCAUGUGCGUCGCCAGCCUGAUGCAGAGCAAGGGCAUCAUCGAGAUUAUCAUCCUCAACGUCGCCUUGCAGCUCGAGGUCGUCAGCCCGCGCGUCUUUGCCAUGAUGGUGACCUGCUUCCUCUGCACCACCAUCACCGUCCGCCCGCUGUCGCGCCGCGUCUACUUUUCGACGCUACAGCAGGAGGAAGAAAAGGCCGCCGACGCCGCCAACGGGGAAGGAACCGGCAGAGCACAGCCGAGCGGCGUCGACAACGAGAAGCGCGGAACCACGUCAUCCGACUUCCCCAUCACUGUGGCGAUCACGUCGCCCAAUCCGGCGAUCCAGGCGCUCAUGUCUCUGAUCAACGUCUUGGGGCAUCCCGGUCUGGUCGCCGCACGAGGCAGUGCCGAUGCUGAGAUGGACAAGCAGAACGCCGGCCAUAUUGCUCUGGAUCUGAUUCGCCUGUUGCCCAUUGAGUACACCACGUCCUCGAUCAUGCAGCUGAUCACGUAUUCGGACGACCGGCGGCGCGACGAGAUGCUCGAAAGCCUCAAAACAGUCCAGAGGCUACACGCGGUGCCGACUUCCGGCGAGCUGGCGGCAGAGCACGAUCUCCUCCACGGCGGUCCCGGUCGGUCGAUGCCGACGGCAACGCUGCAACACGAACACCAGGUCCUGCCGCCAGACACAUUCACGGUCCCGCGUGCCGACCUCACCGAUGCCAUCGCCAAGCAGCACGCCAAGGCCAUGCAGCGUCUUCGGGUGUCGGCAGCAGCCAGCGGCAACACGGAUCUAGGCGGCGGCCUGGUUGUGGUCUCGUGGGAGGUUUCGAGCUCGUUCGGACGCGGCCUUUCGUGGCUUGGGGCCGCUGCAGCGGCGAGCGGGCUUUCCAGCAGUCAGCAGUCGGCCUACAACGACGAUGACGCUGCCGGCGCCUUCUGGCAGGCCGACUCUGAUGCGCAUGCCCUUCCUUCGCGCAUCUUCACGGACCUUCGGCGCACCUGCACCACCGGCGUGUUGAUAGACCGCGGGGUCUUCGAUGCUUGGCCAGGAACUGGCGGGGUCGGCAGCGCAGCGCCUUUAUCAGCAAUACGCUCAGAAAGCCUGAGACGAGAGGAGGCCAGGCUAGGCCUCCAAAGACCGGGAGGCCGCCGUCGGAUCUUGGUCCCCUUCUUCGGCGGCGCAGAUGACCGGGCCGCCGUCGAACUCUUGCAAUGCAUCGUUUCGGCGUCGGAAGGAGAUGUCGAUGGCGUCGUCAUCUCCGCGGCCACAUUGAGCGACACCAUCAAGAACCUUGCAUCGCAGCCCGCCAGGGCGCGGACGCAAAAGACCACGGAGGAGGAAGAGCGGGUGGCUGAAGAGGAAAACCAGGCGUCGAUCAACCUCCAGACCGUCUACCAAGCCGAAGCCGCGCGGGCCGAUGCCCGUUUCCUCUUUGGCCAGCAAGCCAUCCUCUCGACGGUGCACGAACAGGCCGAUGCGCCUUCGCCUUCGUCGGCCUCGGCCGAGGUUCGCAACGACGACGGCGACCCUCUACCCGCAGCGCAAACGACCGACGGCGUACACUUUGUGGCGCUGCCCCUAUCUCCCGAGGCCACACCUGGGAAUGUCCGACCGAUUCGGAGCAUCCUGACCUCGCUGCUGUCGCUGGUCGACGGCGAGCGCGAUAUGGUCCUCGUCGGUCGGGGUAAGCUUGGCCAGAGGCCCAAGGAGUUUCGCGCAGAAGUCGAGGCAAUGCAUCGCGAUGCCGACGGGGCAGCGGUCGCUCCUGGUCGACGCGCGCUGGUCGACGAGGCCAAGAACGAGCUCAAAAUCAUGGGCAGGACGCUCGGUGCGGCUACAGAGGGGCUGCUUCUAGGUGGACUGACGGCCAACUUGCUCGUGGUCCAGGCCAAGAAGCGCAACGAAUAG